GCGUGUGGGUGGCUCCCGGAGCCGAUCUCGCGCGUUAGCGGCCCUAGCCCCCUCCCCCAUCCCCCGCCCACGGGGUGGGAGUCACCCGAACGUGAUUGCCCGAGGCCCCUCCUGCCGGGGCGAGCGAACGCCAUAAAAGGCCCGUGGCGACCUGCUCCGGACACCCCAUCCGCCGGCUCUCACCCCUCGGAGAGGCGAGCCGGACUGCACAGCACUCGCAGCCCAGCCACGCCCGCUCGCCAGCCCGCCAGCCACCAUGCUGGGUAGCAAGCGACUGGGGCUGUCCGGACUGACCCUCGCCCUGUCCCUGCUCGUGUGCCUGGGCGCUCUGGCCGAGGCGUACCCCUCCAAGCCCGACAACCCCGGAGAGGACGCGCCGGCCGAGGACUUGGCCAGAUACUACUCGGCGCUGCGACACUACAUCAAUCUCAUCACCAGGCAAAGAUACGGAAAACGAUCUAGCCCUGAGACACUGAUUUCAGACCUCUUGAUGAGAGAAGGCACGGAAAACGUUCCCAGAACUAGGCUGGAAGACCCUUCUAUGUGGUGAUGGGAAAUGACACUUGCUCUCCGGUCUUUGCCUAUUUUUCAACCCCUAUUUCAUCCUGUAAAACUAGUCUGCCUGUCCUCCCAAUGCAUGCGGCCCCUUUGCUCACCUCUACAGAAUUUCCUUUUGUCAACGUUGUAUAUAUGUGCGGUUAAAUAAAGUACCAUGCAUUCAAAA